GAGGCUGACCAAGCCAGCCUUAAUGCCGUACCACCCAUUUGUUAGUGAUGAACGGGACUUACAGGGCGAGAUUUUUGCCAAGAUGAGCGACACUGAUAUCGCCCGACCAGCUGGAGUGCCCUAUUUUGGAUUAGGGGACCUGUUAACUCUUCCACAAAAUUUUGGAAACAUUUUCCUGGGCGAGACAUUUUCCAGUUAUAUCAGUGUCCAUAAUGACAGCACAACUGUUUGUAAGGAUAUUGUCUUAAAGGUUGACCUCCAGACCAGCUCACAAAGAUUGAUGUUGUCUGGGUCGGAGUCACGGCCCCUGAUGGAACUCCCCCCUGACUACAGUAUUGAUGAUGUCAUACAUCACGAAGUCAAGGAAUUAGGCACACAUAUAUUGGUAUGUGCAGUAAGUUACACCACAAGCCAGGGCGAGAAGAAUGCUUUUAGGAAAUUCUUCAAGUUUCAGGUGUUGAAACCUUUGGAUGUGAAAACUAAGUUCUACAAUGCAGAGUCUGAUGAAGUGUACCUGGAGGCACAGAUCCAGAACAUUACACCUCAACCCAUCUAUAUGGAACAUGUUAGUCUUGAUCCAUCCACUCAGUACAAUGCCAAGGAACUCAACAAUCUAGAUGGCAAGGAAUGCCCAGACUUAGUGUUUGGGAAGGUGAACUACCUCAACCCUAUGGACACACGACAGUAUUUAUACUGCCUUUCACCAAAACAAGAGGGCACACGAGACAGCAAGAUUCUCAAGGGGGUUACAAACAUAGGCAAACUGGACAUUGUCUGGAAAACCAACAUGGGGGAAAGGGGCCGUCUCCAAACCAGUCAACUGCAGAGAGUUGCCCCUGGUUAUGGAGAUAUUCGAGUCACAGUGGAGUCAGUCCCUGAUACUGUACAACUAGAGGUCACCUUCAAUAUCAUCUGUCGCAUUACAAACUGUUGUGAGAGGACUAUGGACCUGACAUUAGUGUUACAGAACAACUCGUCUGCUGGAUUGGUCUGGUGUGGGAUUUCGGGCCGACAGCUAGGGAAACUCCCCCCAAAUGAGCACAUGGACCUCACUUUGACUCUAAUAGCUACUAUUCCAGGUCUCCAGACAAUAUCUGGACUGAGAUUGACUGACAAUUUCCUAAAGAGGACAUAUGAACAUGAUGAACUAUCACAAGUAUUUGUAUACAAUGAUUGUAGUCAGUGACACUUUUUAUCCUCCAUCAUGGACUUUUUAUCUGGCAGUCAUGUGACUAGUGAUUCUUAGAUUUGGGAUAAAGAAGCGGACCAAAGUGUUUCAAUAUAUGCUGAGCCUCUCCAGGGAUUUGUAUUUUCACAAUUUAUAAAAUUUUUGUGACAAUUUCAGGUUCACUGGACAGUGACAUUUACACACUGGUUUGCAAUGUUAUACUGAUUUGGAAAACAGUCUUUUUAAGCAUGUUAAUGGUAAUUUUCAAUGACAGGGAGUCACAUGUGUGGCUUGUUUUAGUGCUUCUGACCUUUUGAUACAGCCGAGGUCACGUGUGACUUGAAGUGCCACCUGUUGGCAGUAACACAAUCACAAUUUAAUAUGAAGUCAUCUGUUUUACCAACGUUGCCUGCUAGUGAGACAGUGACCAUCAGAACCCUGGACUUUGAGUACUGGGUAUAGAACCUAAACAAGAUCAAACUGACAUUGAUAAGAUUGUAGACUCUCCAUUAAUUUAUUAUAAUCGCUGAAAUCAUAUUUACACUGUAACUUGGACUGCCAUUAAUGGAAUACACCUGCCACAUGUAUUUUUGCUGUUAUUGGCAGUGAUAGAAAUCUGCUGUGUUUCAGCAUGUGCAUUAAUUCGAUAGAAUUACUUUAUGAAUUUACUUCACUAUUACUUAAAAAAUAUUAAAAAAAAAAAACUGUUGUAAUAAGCGAUUUAUUUGCUGUAACAAACACGUUUAUUUACGAAAAUUCAUAAAAUUGCUUUUUAUGUCCAUUAAGGUGUGGAGCUAUGUUUUUGCACAGAUCAGUUAUCUAAUCAUGUGUUACAAAGGUAUUCUCUAUGUAUGUGUAAAUCUUAAUAUAUAAAUAUUGAAAUAUAAUUCACCUGUGUAUUAAAUUCAUUAUCAAUAUGUAUGCAUGGAUUAAUAGGACGACGUGCGGAUCUGAAACAAGCAUGCAGAAGAUAUUAAGGAGAGUGAGAAACUAUUAUGAUUUGUGAAAGUGAGAUCAUGUGUGUAAAACUGGGUAUUUUGUAUUUUUGUUGUCUUAAUUUAGAGAUUAUGAUUAAAUCUAAAAAGUGCAGAAAUAUUAUACUGUAUGUAAAGGUGUUGUUGUGUAUAAAAUAAUUUCAUAUAGACAUCUAUUAGAUCACCAGUGCUAUGCAUGUUUUGCUGAUAUUUACCAGAAAAGAAGAAUUCCAGUUUUGUAAAUAGUGAUUAUUUUAUAUUUAAUUGACAAAUCUAUGGUAGCAAUGAAAAAAAUGAUUUCUCUGUAUCUGUCUCAAACAGUCAAACCCCUGCUGAAAGACCACUUUUGUUUAGGUCUAUAAAGUGGUAUCUUAAAGUUUGCAUGAAAUAAUGAAAAUUUACUUUUUAAUAAAAUAUUGCCUUUUUUAAGAGACUAGAUAUGUUAAGAUACCCCUGUUGAGACUACAACUACAGUUCUUUCUUGCAAUUUGAAUUUCAAUGUGGUCUCUUAACAAAGGUGGUUUCUCAAUAAAGUUGGUAUCUUUAAAGGGAUGGUCUCUUAACAGAGGUAGUUGUUCAGCAAUGAUGUUUUAAACAAUGAGAGUCUCCCAACAAAAGUUGUCCCUAUACAGCAAUCUGACUAGAUUUACUUUUUAAAACACCUGGUAUUUUGUCGCAAAAAAAUCCAAGUGUAGAUUGAACUUAUUUGUUUAUUUUCAUUUAACUUAAACAACCCUGCAUAAUCCACCCAGGUUGUCUACUGCUGGCAGAGUUUUAUCAUUUUCAGUAUAGAGUUGUCCCAUGUUAUCAUAGCUGAGCUAUAGUUACUAUUUCAUAAAUGUGUUAUAUGAAUGAUUUGGUGCAAUAAGUACAAUUAAUGUUCUUUCAAUAUACAAAACAGGUCCGUUUUUAUAUCCAUUGUUUAAAUGUCUUCAGAAACCUAACAAGCCACAUGCAGGAAGAGUUCACGGUAACUUGGGUUAUUUUUUUUUAAUUCAGAAUAUGUAAAAAGAAAAACAUAGAAAUCAGCUAACGUGUUUUGAUGUAUACAUGUGUUUCAUGUCAUUUGCAUCAGUGAUUUUUUGAAGAUUUUUUCAAGCAAGUCCAGAACACCAAUUUCAAAAAAAUUAGAAGUUCCAAUACUUGAGGAUAAAAUUAGCUCUCAAAAUCUGAGCGAGUCCUACAGGAAAAGCAUGGGUCUUUACUCAAAUAUCCGAGUCCCACCAAUCACAAGCGCAUGUCAAAAUAACAAAAGAGGUGUUUAUAUUAGAAUUUAUGAUACUCACCUUGACCUUGGCAAAGUUCAAGAUCAUUAGGAGGGGGCAAGGAGGCUGUUGGUCAAAGGUCAUACAAAGAAUGACAGUGCUAUUCUGAUCAAUAGAUUUUGAUAUGAAAUUUGCUAGAUUUGUGUAACUUCUCUAUUCAACUCUCACAUUUUAUUUCAAGGAUCAUGACUAAUGGUAAGGGGUCAAAGGUCAAAGGUUAUAGAAAAUCAACAGAAUUUCAUAAUAUUUAAAUCAUUAUCCCCUCAGGGCGUUAGAACUAGACAUGAAUAUUUUAUUUUGUAACAAUGUAAAUUUUGUGACAUUGUAAGAUUUUCAUGUCCUGUCCAUUUUAUAAACAUUAUGAAAUUGAUAUUUUUUGCUUAUUCAGAAUAAACAUCUACACACUUGGACAUGCACUAUCAUUUAAAACCACUGACCCUUUUUUCUAACUGUCAAGACUCAAAAUAUGAUUGAGGUUGCUGAAAGGGACACAUUAGUUAAAUAGUAUAAGAUUAAGAUUAUAUAUCUGCCAAACUAUAGUGAAGAACAGGUAUAUUCAGUUUGACACAACUUUCCAGGAAAAUUCAUGUCAGUUUUCAUGUCAUUUAUAGGUAACUAAAA